GAAGAGGGAAGACAUCCGGGCCGGGGCUAUGGCGUGCGGCGCCCGGGUGCAGCGGGAGCUGUGCGCCAGCGGCGGCUGCCUGGAGCGGGACGAGCUGCAGCGGCGGCUGCGGGGGCUGACGGCGGAGGAGCUGUCGCGGGUGCUGCGGGACGGGCAGCGGUUCACGCUGGUGCGGCGGCCCGGCGAGGCGGGGGCGGCGGCGGGGCUGGUGCCGGUGGUGGUGGCCGCCAGCCCGCUGCGGCUGUGCCAGCAGUACGGCGCGGGCUGCGAGGGCAGGUGCGGGCGGCUGCACCUCUGCAAGUACUACCUGAAAGGGCUCUGCCGCAACCAGCAGGCGAGGAAAGGAUGCAGGUUUUCUCACGAUUUCUACUCAAGCCACAAUGUCAGCGUUUUACAACCAUAUGGACUUGAGAAUUUUAACAGUGAUGAACUCCGCCAGCUCCUGCUUCAAAAUGACACUUCCCUCUUACCAGAGGUCUGCUUGUAUUAUAACAAAGGUGAUGGACAUUAUGGAUCUUGUACCUAUAAAAAGAUCUGCACCAAACUGCAUAUUUGCCAGUACUUUUUGCAGGGACAAUGCAGAUUUGGCAGCAACUGCAAGCGGUCCCAUGACUUAUUAAACUCAGAAUGUUAUGAGAAACUGGAGAAGCAGGGAAUGAGCUCAAACAUUAUUGGGAAACUGCCAUCCAUUUAUAGGAAUAUGUAUGACAUAAAAAAUGGCAACGGGAACAUGGAUGACAUAGAAAAUGCCAACAAGUCUUCACCAUGCAAAGAGAGAAAACACAGCUCUAGCCAAGAGUCCUCAACUACAAAUGGUGAUGAAUUGGAACAGAUCUGUUUGUAUCAUCUGCACAGUAGUUGUGGUUUUAAAGACAAGUGUAUCAGAAGUCAUUUUCACUUGCCAUAUAGAUGGCAGAUCUUGGAGGGUGAUACCUGGAAGGACUUGAAGAAUAUGGAAGAAAUAGAAAAAGCAUAUUGUGAUCCAAAUAACACCAGAUUUAGUAACGGUGUUACUGAAAGUGGCUCUGUCUUGCCACAUAUCUGUUUUAAGAGAAUGUUGUGUGGAUUUGCAAAGGUUAGACGUCUUUCUACAGCCUCCUCUGUGACCAAGCCCCCUCAUUUCAUUCUUACAACAGAAUGGAUCUGGUACUGGAAAGAUGAAUGUGACCUGUGGCAGGAGUAUGGAAAACAAGAUAAUUUUCAUGCUGCUGCCACUGUCUCCAGUGAUGACCUGGAGAAAGCUUAUACAGCCAAAGGUUCUUCAAAGCUGAACUUCAAAGCUGGAAGACAUGAAUAUGAACUCAGUUUUGGAGACAUGUUUCAGAAGAACCUUCGCUACAGAACAGAGAGACCGAUUUGCAGAAGACCUAAAUUUGUCUCUAAGGCAGAGGUAGAAAAGUCAAGAGCAAGGGGCUUUAAAUACACAGAAGAGUUUAAGGGCAUUCCAGCUCACUGGGACAAAUCUGCCCUGCCUGAUGUGGGAUACAAGCUGAUUGAGCUCAAUGGUUCUUCUGAAGAAUACAAGAAAGUUAAGGUGGACUUCCAACGCACAAUGCCCAAAACUGUUAUUAAAAGGAUUUGUAGAGUCCAGAACCCAUCUCUUUGGGAACUGUAUCAAUGGCAGAAGGAACAAAUGCAGAAGAGCAAUGGUGGGAAGGCUGUGGAUGAACGACUUUUAUUUCAUGGGACCCGCAGAAAAUACAUUGAUGCCAUCUGUCAGCAAAACUUUGACUGGAGGAUCUGUGGUGUUCAUGGGACAGUCUAUGGCAGAGGAAGCUAUUUUGCAAGGGAUGCCUCUUACUCUCACAACUACUGCAAGGACGACUUCAGCACCAAGACCAUGUUUCUGGCACGGGUGCUGGUGGGGGAUUUCACUCUCGGUAAAUCUUCUUAUUUUCGGCCGCCCUUGAAGGAUCACCACAAUUUCUAUGACAGUUGUGUGGAUAGCUCCUCAAACCCUUCUAUCUUUGUCAUCUUUGAGAAGCAGCAGGUUUAUCCAGAGUAUCUCAUAAACUACAAUGACUAAGCAUUGGCAAAAAUGCUAUAGCUGAAAAAAAUAAAUAUUAAAAAUAAGUACAUAAAAAUUGUUAUGUUUAGCUGGGAUAACCAUUUUAGUAUAGGCUUACAAGUGAAAGUGGUUUUUAGAAGUUUUUUAAUUGGGUAGGUGAGUGUUCAGAAACAUUUAUUCUCUUAUCCUUUCCAUGCAAUAAACAAGGGGUAAAAUGAAACAAA